CGCAUAAAAGUUGCCCAGAAUUUCUCUCUCUGUCGUUUUAAAUGCUUUAUUAUUAUCAAUAAUAUGGUUUCUCUCCAUUUCUCUUUAUUGCUAUGAUGAAUUUCUGCUUUGCAAGCAAGACCCGUUUUUGCACUACCACUACUUCGUCCGACCACGCUCUGAAUCUUCUCCAUUUUAUUAAGCUCUCCCUUACCCAACAAUCUUUAAAACUCGCCCAACAAACUCACGCGCGGAUUCUCACUCUGGGACUCAAUCAAAACCCUUUUCUCGCCACGAAACUGAUCUCCGCGUACGCCACGUUUAAGAUCCCAACUUGUGCAAGGUUCGUCUUUGAAUCAAACGAGCUCAAGGAUACAUAUUUGUGGAACUCAUUGAUCAGUGGUUACGUGAAAAAUGGAGGAUAUAGUGAGGCUUUUGAGCUGUUUAGAGAAAUGUGUCGUGGUGAUUAUGUUCCUGAUGAUUAUACGAUGGCGACGAUGUCGAAAGUCUCUGGCGAGAUGGAGGACUUGGUUGCUGGGGAAUUGAUUCAUGGGAGGAUUAUAAGAUCUGGGUUUGGUUUUGAUGUUGUCGUUUGCAAUUCCUUGAUGUAUAUGUUUUGUGAAUGUGGGAAGUUUGGUGGUGCCAGGAAGGUGUUCGAUGAAAUGCCGCAAAGAAAUGCGGGGUCUUGGAAUGUGCUUAUUACUGGGCAUGUCGGUUGUGGGAAUCAGAUUUUUGAUAAAGAAAGUUGGGAAAUUGUGAUUAAUAUGCAAAUUGAAGGGGUUAAGCCUGAUGGGUUUACGGUUUCGAGUCUUUUGCCUUUGUGUGGUGUUGAUACCCGAAAAAGACCUGAUUAUGGAAAGGAGCUUCAUUGUUAUGUUGUGAGGAAUGGACUGGAAUUUAAUUUGGGUUCUGAUGCUCAUCUGGGAUGUUGCUUGACUGAUAUGUACUCAAAGAGUAGUAGAAUUAUUGCAGCUAGACGGGUGUUCGACCAAAUGAAGAAUAGAAAUGUGUAUACUUGGACAACGAUUAUCAAUGGUUACGCACAAAAUGGUGCUUCGGAUGAAGCGUUGAAUGUUUUUCGCGAGAUGCAAGAAAGGGAUAGGAUAGAGCCCAAUAGGGUAUCUCUUGUGAGUGUCCUUCCUGCUUGUAGCUCUCAUGCUAGUCUAAUGGGAGGCAAACAAAUCCAUGGAUUUGCAAUCCGGAAGCUAAUGAAUCACGACGUAUCUUUGUGCAACGCUUUAAUCGAUAUGUAUUCCAAGUGUGGGAGUAUAGAUCUCGCAAGGCAGGUUUUUGAGGAUGAUUCUUUUGUUAAAGACUCAAUCUCUUGGAGUUCAAUGAUUUCUGGAUAUGGAUUACAUGGAAGGGGAAAUGAAGCAGUUUCAUUGUAUGAUGAGAUGGUUCUUGAAGGAAUACAACCAGACGCGAUAACUAUCGUCGGGGUACUUUCUGCUUGUGGCAGGUCAGGUUUGGUUGAUGAAGGCCUUAAUAUAUAUAGCUCAGUGAUUAAUAAAUAUGGAAUCAAACCUACAGUUGAAAUCUGUGCUUGUGUCGUUGAUAUGCUCGGGCAGUUGGGCCAGCUUGAUCAAGCACUGGAUUUUGUAAAAAACAUGCCUGUGAAACCUGGACCAAGUGUUUGGGGGGCUCUCGUCACUGCUUCAGUUGUACAUGGGAAUUCUAAGAUGCAACAGCUAGCUUAUAGAUGCCUUAUCGAACUAGAACCCUAUAAUCCGUCGAAUUUUAUUUCGUUGUCUAAUGUGUAUGCUUCUUCCAAGCAAUGGGAUGUUGUGGCUGAAGUGAGAACAGUGAUGAAAGAAAGAGGCUUGAGGAAGGAUCCGGGGUGCAGUUGGAUUAGCAUCAAUAGCACCACAAACUGUUUCUAUGUUGCUGAUAAAGAUCACCCUUGUUCAAACUCAGUCUAUGACAUGCUUGAAAGCCUCGUAUAUGUAAUGAAGGAAGCAAAAUACUCUUAAGAAUUAUGAUAUAGAAAGUCGAACAUGAAUUGUUUUUCUUUUUC